AUGUCUGACGCCUCUGAUUCUGAAGGUGCAUCUAUCGAGCACAUCAAGACCAGACGGUCCUCGUCGAUGUCCUCGAUCUUCUCUCUGACCGACGAGCCUCUGCCUCCGCCCAACGAAACUGAUAUCAUAGCAUUCACUUCGGACAAUAGACAUCUAUCUUUCAUUAGAAACCUACAUAUGGCCGACUUCAUCACCAUGCUGAACGGCUUUAGUGGUUUUUACUCGAUCAUUUCGUGUCUCAGAUUCACGCUAACGCGCCAGAGUCACUACGUGCAACGGGCAAUCUUCUUCAUUUUUCUGGGUCUGUUUUUCGACUUUUUUGAUGGCAAAGUCGCCAGACUCAGAAACAAGGCUUCUUUGAUUGGCCAGGAGCUCGAUUCGCUCGCUGACCUUAUCUCGUUUGGAGUUGCCCCCGCCUCGAUUGCGUUUGCCAUAGGGCUCCAAACCACUCUCGACGUUCUUUGUCUCACCUUCUGCGUUCUGUGUGGGCUCGGCAGACUUGCCAGAUUCAACGUCACCGUUUCCAACAUCCCCAAGGACUUCACUGGCAAGUCCAAGUAUUUUGAAGGACUACCUAUUCCGUCCUCCCUGUGGCUCGUGUUGUUAAUGUCGUUCCUUGUUUACAAGCAGUGGACUGCCGCCGAUCUGCCAUUGGGGCUUCUGUGGGAGGGCAAGUUUUAUGAGUGGCACCCUUUCAGCGGACUGUUCUUCGUCCAGGGCUGUCUGAUGAUUAGCAAGAGCUUGAGAAUCCCUAAGCCGUAA